AUGAAAUCCACCUACGGCGUGCUCGCAGGUGAAUACCUGGCAGGAGGACUGGAGCUCAUCUGUUACAUAAGAUUUGGUGGGCUAACGACAUCUUCCCAGACAUCAGUCUCACCUAGUCGAGAUGAUACAGUGCCGACAGUGAGAAGCAAGGCGGUGCCGUUCGUGGAGCUGACGGUGGCGCACGCGUCGGUGCUGACCAUCCUGGCCAUCAGCUUCGAGCGCUACUACGCCAUCUGCGAGCCGCUGCGGGCCGGCUACGUGUGCACCAAGGCGCGCGCGCUGCUCAUCUGCCUGCUCGCCUGGGCGCUCGCCGCCCUCCUCACCAGCCCCAUGCUGGCCAUUUCGCAGUUCGCUUACCACCAGUACGCGGACGGUUCGCUGGUGCCCACGUGCCUUAGCGAGGCGGCCGCCCUGUGGCAGAAGCUGUUCUUCACGGUGUCCAGCGCCACCUUCUUCGCUGUGCCGGUGGCGGUGCUGCUGGCGCUCUACGGCAAGAUCGCGCGCCACCUCAUGGCCGCCCCGGGCGCGGCCGCGGCGCCGCCGGAGUCGGGCGGCAACGCGCGCGCCCGCCGCCAGGUGGUGCUGAUGCUGGCCACGGUGGUGCUCUCCUUCUUCCUGUGCCUGCUGCCGUUCCGCGCCUUCACCCUCUGGAUCGUGUUCGCCAGCAGCGCGUCGGUGCGCGCGCUGGGUAUCGAGGCCUACUACAGCCUGCUCUACUUCUGCCGCACCAUGUUCUACCUCAACUCGGCGGUGAACCCCAUCCUGUACAGCCUCAUGUCGUCCAAGUUCCGCGCCGGCUUCGCGCGCCUCUUCGGCUACCGCGAGCGGCAGCUGGCGCUGCUGCGCGGAGGCCGGAUUGUUCAUUCAGUGUACAAUUCCGGUAGAAGAUGCAAUUCUCGCUAGUACGGACACGCCCAGCUCCUUUCCUCACGGAGCAGCUGGAGAAAGUCUAUUAUUCCAAUGUUUGGAGUCUCCAGUAAUCACAAUGAAUUAUACACAGACGGCAGCGUGGUCGCCAUCUGCCUGACGGAGGCGGCCACCUUCUGGGCGGCCGCCUUCUUCGUGGCGGCCAUCUCGCUCUUCUUCCUGCUGCCGCUCGUCGUGCUGGUGGCGCUCUACAGCGUCAUCGCGCGCCAUCUCAUGGAGGCGCCCGACAUCGUCCAUCACCACCAGCACAACCACUACCGCUACCGGAAGCAGGUGGUGCUGAUGCUGGGCACGGUCGUGGUGUCGUUCUUCGUGUGCCUGCUGCCGUUCCGUGCGCUCACGCUGUGGAUCAUCGUGGCGCCGCCAGAGGCGCUCAUGUCGCUCGGCAUGGAGGGCUACUAUAACCUGCUAUACUUCUGCCGAACCAUGCACUACCUCAACUCGGCGGUGAACCCCAUCCUGUACAACCUCAUGUCGUCCAAGUUCCGCAACGGCUUCGCGCGGCUGUGUUGCGGCCGGCGGCGCUCCAGGCGCACUGGUGGCUCCGAACCGCUGGGCCGCAAGGGCACCGCCACCUCGAGCACCGCCGCCACCAACACCACGGCCGCCACCAGCGGCACCACCGCCACCAACGCAACCACCGACGGCGGCUCCCGGCGGCACUCUCGCUGCCGCGGCAGGCGCGCAUCGGGCAGCGCCAACGGCGUCUGUGGGGACAACUCCGCUCCGCGAGACAGCUACGUCUGA